UGGCCGCCGCCUCCGAUGGAGUCCCUGCGGCUGCAGGGCCAGCGCUGGAAGUCGGCGCUGCCGCUGCUGUCGUCGUCCCGCACGUCGUUGCAUGGCGGCGCCGACCUGUGCUCGCCCUUCGAGUCACUGGUCGGCAGCCUGCGCAAGAACGGCGCCGUCUUCCUCAGCAGCCUCAGCGUUGCCGACGACGCCCGGUGCGGCGGCGGGCCCGCCCCGUACUGCUACUCGCCGCAUCGCCCCCAAGCGGGCGUACAUGGCGCCGCCGCCGUCAACACCGGAUACCACCAGGCACAGCAGCAGCGGCAUAGUGUCUCGUCGCCAACUUCGUCCUCAUUCGAGUCCUGCGACGGAGAUUUGGGCUUCGACAGUGAUAACGAUGACACGAUGGAAGGCGGGCCUGCCCUGACGGUGCGGGACGUGGCGGACGUCCUGAAAGGGAAGCACGUUAUCCUGACAGGGGGCCGAACAUGCGAGGGGUACCCGGUGCUGACAUUUCCGGACAGCGGUGCCUUUUGCAGCCUCUCCGAUGAGGAUUACAGGAGGCUUAUGCAGUAUCUGACAAGUGUUCCUUUACCACAAGACGCUGAGUUAGGUUUUGUACUGGUUGUGGACAGGAGGAAGGACAAGUGGAACUCUGUCAAGACUGUAUUGCUCAAGAUCUCAGGGUAUUUCCCAGGCGUCAUACAAGUAGUGUUUGUUCUCAAGCCUGUGGGAUUCUUACAAAAAGCGCUGUCCGAAGUCAGCAACAAGUUAUUCAAAGAGGAGUUCAAGUUUAGGUUAGUCAUGUGCAAUAACUUAGAAGAGCUGCACGAGUACAUUGAUCCCGGCCAGCUGACGGAAGACCUCGGUGGACUGAUACCCUACGACCACGAACGGUGGAUGGAGCAACGAAUGGCGGUGGAGAUGUUCACCGGCAGCCUGAAGGAAGUGACUGAGUGCGUGCGCGAGGCGACGCAGCGGCUCCGUGACACCGAGUUGCCCAACGACGUCGGUUCGACCGUGGAGCUGCUGCGCGCCCAAGGAGGCCAGUACCAGGAGCUGAAGGAGGACCUGCUGAACGCGUCGCAGCACGGCCAUCAGCUGCUGCGCUGCGUGCGACCGCCGUCGCCGGCACCCGCCGACCGGGCGCUCGGGGCUCCAGGUUCCUCGUCCGCGACCGCCCAGAGGCUCGUCAACGUGUGCGCCGUCGAGCGGCUGCUGCAGCAGCUGCACAGCGCCGAGCACGGCUUCGACGCCUUCUGGAGCGCGCACCAGAAGCGCCUCAACGAGUGUCUCGAGCUGCGCAAGUUUGAGCAGGAGUUCCGCGAGCUGCAGACCAACAUGGCGGCCAACGCGCGAGACCUGGCCGACAUGCAGGCGGUCGGCGACUCGGUCUCCCAAGUCGACACCCUGCUUCACCAGAUGGACGAGUUUCGAGCGCUCGCCGAGGAGGACCUUGAUAAAGCGGAGCAGCUGAGGCAGACCGGCCGCGAGCUCAUCAUGGGUGGCCACUACGCCGUCGAUUCAAUCGAGCCCAAGUGCGUGGAGCUGGAGCGCAUGUGCGCGGACUUUCAGGAGAAGCUCCGGCAGCGUAUGGAUCUAUUGCAUCGCUACCGAGACCUCCAGGAGCGCAUAGACAAGGCGAAUAAAUGGUGCAGUCUAGGUGUGGAGCUCCUGGCUACGUUGGAUAUUGAACGCUGCUCUUCGCCGGAGUUUGCUCGCUCGGCUCUUCAAGAGCUGGACACGUUCCUCAACAGUUCUAGUGAGUUCAAGCUGGGUGAUCCACGCGAGUUUCACCGCUUCUUCAAGGACUUCAUCAACAGUGACUCGAAGCCACUCCUGCAGCAGGUUUUAAAGAGGGUGGACGACGUAAAGCUGAUGUGCGAGAACAAGCAGGCGAGUCUUCGCAAGUUGGUCACCCGACAGGUCAGGCCUGUGCAAGCUGUUGCCCCAGAGCCUUCCGCAGUUCAAGAUUCACUGGGUUACGAUGCCGAAGCGCGCCUCUAUCCUUCCAAAAAGGCAGCUCCUAAGCACGUAGAAGUUUGCUUUGCUCAAAAUGAGGGAGUGGACUCUGGCCUGCAGUCUCUGGAAAUACUCCAGGACAAAAAAGGGCAUGUCAUGACUGAGCUGAUUGAAACCGAGAAGACCUACGUUCAUGAGCUGUACAGCAUUAUACAGGGGUACAAGAAGGAAAUGACCAACCCCGAAAUGAAACACCUCGUGCCUCACUCCCUGUACGGGAAAGCCGAUAUACUGUUUGGGAACAUGGAGGCCCUCUACCAGUUCCACAACGACGUCUUCCUACAGGACCUUCAAAACUGCCGAAGCACUCCUGAGUUAGUGGGAACCUGUUUCGUUCAAAGGAAAGAAACUUUUCAUAAACUGUACAGUGCGUAUUGCAUGAACAAACCAAAGUCUGAAGCAUUGAGACUCCAGUGUGCCAGUGAUAACGCCUUCUUCAAGGAAUGCCAAAGAAAACUGAACCACAAGCUGCCAUUGGAUGCCUAUCUGCUCAAGCCUGUUCAAAGGAUCACAAAGUAUCAGCUUCUGCUCAAGGAUCUCCUAAAGUAUUCUGAAGGUUCCGGGGAACAGUACGAACUGCAAGAAGCUGUGAACACUAUGCUUGACGUGCUUAAGCAUGUGAACGACAGUAUGCACCAAGUUUCAAUAACUGGCUUCCACGGAAGCCUCGCUGACUACGGAAAGUUGCUUCUGCAAGGCAUGUUCAACGUGUGGAUGGAGAAGAAGAAAAAGGAGCGCAUGAGGGAACUGCGGUUCAAGCCCAGCCAGCGCUACAUCUUCCUUUACGAGCACCUUGUUCUGUUCACCAAGAAGUACGGCCGAGACGACAACCCCAGCUAUGCAUUCAAGAACGCACUAAAGACUUCACAGAUAGGCCUGACGGAGAACUUCAAAGGGUCCAGGGGAGAUAAGAGAAAGUUCGAAUUGUGGCUGCACGGAAGGACACAGGUGUUCAUAAUUCAGGCGCCUUCUACCGAGUGCAAAGAUUUGUGGGUGAAGAAUAUCAAGCAAGUUCUGCUGCAGCAGUUUGAACUCUUGAAAGAUGAGAGCAAGCGCCAGCACUACGAGAAGUACGAGCAGCUGAAUGGGGUUAAGCCACAGUCUCCGAGCAGCCGCGUGCGACACACCAUCAGUGGCAUGAGCUGGGAGAGCCGGCGCGUGGCGGACAACAACAACCACAGUCGCAGCGAGUGCCAACGGGCGAGCCGUGUGCUAGGCCGCCGAGCCACCUUUCCGGCACUGCGCAGCUACGGCGCCAACGGCGAACUGUCUGAUCACGAGGACGGCUGGUCCACCGACGAUCUCUCGCAGAGCGAAGACGAAGACGACGACGGGGACAUCUUCGUAAACACCGAAGUAAACACUGAGGUCGGUGGUAGCUACGUUGCUCUGGGUGACUACGAAGCGGUGGACGUUGGCGAGGCGUCCCUGGUGGAGGGCCAGCCCGUGCAGGUGCUGCGCGUGGGCUGCGCCGGCUGGUGGUACGUGCGCUGCCUCGGAGGUGGAGGCCGCGAAGGCUGGGUGCCUGCCGCCUACCUGGGUCCCAGCGGCCGGGUGCACCACACUGCCCGUUCGUCACCUUCCGUCAGCAGCCAGGAUUCGGGCACUGGAGGCCUUCACCAUGCCAUCAGCCGCAUUAGCAUGGCCAGCAACCUGAGCAGCACUAGUCUCGAUGGGGGCAUGUGAACUUACACGCACCACGCGCUGUAAAUACUGUACAGGCAGAAGAAACGAAAAGCUGCUAACCGCUAUUGAGAACUACUUAUUCCUCUUCCCCAGCAUACGUGGGGGCAGUCUUUUUGCCGUCACUUUUGGGCAGCAACACACAUUCCAAAGAAAUUAACGGCAUUGUUCACAUCGUCUCUGAGCAUUUGCUAAACCUUCCACCAUUCGCUUCAGCAACAAUGGGCCUCGCUUAUAAGACUAAUAUGUACAAAACGCGUGAAAGACAUGUACAGUGAGAAAGAGAGAGAGUCAUACAGAUAUUGUUUAGUUGCUUUUCUUCUUCUUUCUUCCUUUUUUUUUUUUUUGAUGCGGCAGACGUAAUGAAUAUGAAUACCAAAGCGUAGAUAUCAGGUAACUGCUUCGUGAUCUUGCCGGGUUGUACCUCAUUCGUAUGUUUUGUGAUUAUACGUGAUAUGCUACGGGAUGCAUCGUAGACGCACGCAUGUUCUGUACGCCGGUGAUGUUGCGGCGUAGCUGCCCGAACGCAUGCGUCAUCUCGUGUGAUUCGUGUCAUCAUCUUCGAAGCUGCGAAUGGUCACAAAAAAAAUAACCGUCCACUAAUUGGAACCUCACCUGCAGACAACUAGCAAUAUUUGCUUGCAUUCCUUUGGCACAUUUGGCUAUUGCCGGCGCGGCUUCGUAAUUAAUAUAAUGUUGUUAUGACUUGAUAUUUUGACCUGAACAUUGUUUAUUCGACCUCUUUGACCGACUAUACGUGCACUCUGACCGCGGAAACCUCGGUGACGUUAAAUCCCUAUCGCGAAAAUUUACGUGUCAUGCAGCAUUUCACCAAAGAUAUGUAAGUAAGCUCCAACUCGGAGCUAGUAACUAGAGUAGACGCUUUUCCGCACUAUAUCUCCGAGAUAAUACACGAUCGCAGCAGUGUUUUCACCGUGUGAUAGUGAUAAGCGCCACGAAGACUUCUUCAGAACGUCUUCUUUCGCGGCGACGACUUGCGCACACUCAUUAGAGGAACGUUCCUCUGUAUGUAAAGUCACGAUACCGCAAAAAGAAGUUUGCUGCUUUUGUGCAUUUAAUUAGUGGUAUGGCAACAGGUGUGUACUUGACCAAAACGACGUACCCUUCGUCACUGUACAUAUAUACGCAGACUAGCAAAGUUCGGUGUUCUUGUUUCAUGAGUUGCGUUUCGUCCGUGCUCGUAGAUCAGCGUGCCAGGGGAAUUUGUGACGUGUGGUCAUGUGAUGUCCGUGAAGUUUCUCGCUGUUUACCUCCACCUUGCCGGUGUUGCUUUUGAAUCUUAGAUGAGCGAUUGGCUGUGAGUGUGCGCUGAGGAGUUGUCGCACGUGCCUAAGUUUGCUCACUGGCACCUGAGAUGCUUGGCUUCGUUGAUCACCCACCAACGUGACUCACCGCGUGUUACGAUAGCGUUUUUUCAUGCUCUUUCGUACUUCAUAUUGACGCGACGUGAAGACCGUUAAACUUUUUUGAGACAAGCUUUACCGUGCAAUUCCUACGACAACGGCUCGGCGUUUUUUCACCUCGUUUUGGUUUUUUUUUUCGCCUCGCUGAAGCGUAUUGUACAUAACUACGGAGAAAGAAGGAUUUUCAGCUUUAGCGUCGCGAGAUGUUCUGCGAGCCUGCCUUGUCGUAACAGCUUUUUUUUUUUUUCUUCUCAGAACCCGGAGCAGACAGACCUUCUUUGUAGAACCAGCAGAUGCCGUCUACCAAAGAUUUAUUGCAUUGCAGAGCUUUGCAAAAUGAGUUCAAAGUACUCUGUAACCAAGGGCAACGAAUGUGUAAACUAUGCUGAAAUCUAUAGCUUCCUGAUGCGUGAGGAGCCUCGUCGCGAUAUGUUGUCGUUCCCCUCUGCUUUUUUUUUUCUUGGAUUUUGUUUUUCCGGACCACUGUGACGCUACACAUGAAAGAUAGUCGUUCCAAAGUUACGUUCCACCGCUCAACUGCUCUUGCAGCCUUUCGUUGCUGUUUGCAGCCUCUACUAUAAUACUGCAAAACAGAAAAAAAAAAGUUCAAUGCCGAACGCUGUGCUACAGGAAUGUGUGCCUUCAACUUUGACUGACAAGCGGAAUGACCGGGGCCGUGCCAUAGAGAGAAAUGGUGUUUUCUUCCUUUCUUCCGAAAGUGCAUCGACACCAUGCCCAACAGACGUGUAACUGUGAGACUGAUAGGAACGUGGCAAAGCGUUUUUUUUUUUUUUUGCCGCGCGUGUUCGAACGGAAGUGGUCGGCUCUUUGUUCGAUGUUUGGUGCGACGAUGUUCUCCUCGCUGUGCUGCCAAAGCCUUAAACCGAGUUUCUUUCAUGACGUGGGAAUGGGUUGCCCGCGGAUGGGGCGCUCCAAAUACCAGCUUUUUUCCUUUCUGUUCUUACACGCCACACGUCUUCCAAAGAUCGGACUGACGUCACGUGACAUCGCUGGCAUGGGCCACGUACCGAGAGCAAAAUGCGCGCUUGGCAAAGCAAGACUACUUUCGCUAUACUACAGGUGACACUAGAAAAAGCGAGGGAUUGCUGGCGCUAAAUGUUCUGAGUGGCGUACCUUGUCGAAAGGUCCCGCUAAACGGGGUCAGGAUCGUGUUUUUUGGAAGGGCUAAAGGGUAAACAGAGAAUAGCAUCCACGAGGCCUAGUAUUGCAGCUUUUUUUUCGAAUCUCAGCUGCUAUUUCUUCACUCUGAAAGCAAAUGGACAUUCGUAUUGGCAAAGGUUUCUCCCAUAUCUCGAACAACACCCAUAAGAAAGCGAAUGUAUCGCAUUAUCUUCCUGUCCAGUAAUCUCACGUGAUCGUAUGAGAUUGGAUGAGAUCCGAUACCUCACGAUCUGAUCAUACAGUACAGAGGUGAUAGUGCAUAUGGGUUUCAGUCGAUCUUGGGAUGAAAGAAUUACCUUGCAUUGAGUCCAAUGGUUCUCGAAUGCUACACCGUGGAGAUCAAUUCAGACAGCUGUUUUGCGAACGCCGACCAGAAGGUGAAUAAGAAAAGCGGUAUUACAAAGCUUCCGAAAAGCAUGCUAUCGAAGCAUACCAGAUCACGUUGCUUGUACAUGUUACUCGAAACGAAGCCGCAAUUAAAUGUAAUGGAUAGCUGGGGUUUUCUUAAGUAGUCUACGAAUGGGGAUGUUGUGUAGUCUCCGAGUCGACACCAAAGACUGAGACGCGAGAAUGAGCAGAUGAUACAGAAUGAAACUUUUCUUUUAGUUUUCGUCCCGCUGACCACUAACCCCUUUUAACUUUUCUCCCGUAACCGUCAGUAUACCGAGAAGCUACAGCUUGGUUACUCUGCCGACUACAACUCUGUCACACACAUUUGACAGCGUACAGUUUCACUGAGCAUCGUUUAUCAUGCCGUUUCUGCAACUAUGCUAAAGCUGGAAUGGACGCUAGUAAGUAAUCGUAAUAAAAACUGUUGCGCAUUGGUCACUUUGCGCAAAUAUGACUGCCAUUUGAUUCCAAAACCAAAAGUAGGCGUAGUGAUAAAGCAUUGGCAAGUUAUAAUAAGCGUAUUAUUCAAUAUCGUGAGUUAGAGAGUUCGACUGGCAGAAAGGUUCGUUCGGAGGACCAAGAAAUGAGACUAAAGCUCAAUAAAUUGGGCCGUCACCGUUUCUUAACGUACUCAUUCGCUGACUAACAAGAGACAGGGCAUACAUCGACGAGGGCAAUUCUCUUAUGCCUUGAAUAAAAGCGCCUGUCACAUGCUUCGAGGGUAGAGUGAUUUUCCUUACCCCUCGGAUGAAUUGCACAUCCAGUACGCCCUAUCUAUAUUAGCACCAUACGUUUGGAUGCGCUUAACGUAAGUUCCUAUACGAUAGAAUUUAAUAUGGGACUUGCUGCCUCUGCGGGCUUAUCCGUUUGUUUUUGAAAAUUUUGACUCGUAGCUGACCUUACCUGCCGAUUUCAUUCGUGCUGCUGCGUUUGCUGAGAGUCUGAAUGUGUUUGGUAAGCGGCAACUAAGUUGAGGAAAUAGAAAAUGCAUCGAGAAAUGAAAUUGGCCUCCCGUAUCCGCCGGAAAGUGUCGAGUUCGGUCGAUGGAAAGGAUGAAUUACACGACUCUAUCGCGCUGACGUUGGGGCACUGAGGACGAGCUCUUGCUCCUGCCACGUCCUUGUCUUGCUUUUCCUUAUCACAUGACAGCUAUUAGAUUGUGUGUGUGUUGUCUACGUGUUUAACUUGAAGCAACGCGAUCCGUGCACGCAUUCAGUGCAGAGUGGAGACACUUCCUGUUUUAAGUGCACGCUUAUCCUGCCUCGCAUAUGUGCAAUGCACUGUGUGCGCCGCUGUACUUACAAUAAUGUAAGAGAGAGAGAGAGAAAAGUGAAAGACGCUGUAAAUAGCAGUACACUUGUGUCGCAUUGAAAGUCGCGUGUUGUUCUGUGUCUGCCAAAGAAAGAAUUGUGUGUAUAUGAACAUCGCACUUGUGGUCACUUAUGUUCGUUAGUGAAAUUUCAAAGAGGCUUGUGCAUUUUCAGCGUCUGAUGCCAUUAAAGAAAGUUUGGUUCCGAAA